GUAUCAGCGCCUCUGUGCACAGGUGGCUGCCAGGCGGCGGCAGUUGCGGGAACAACUGGGGAGGUGGCUACUCCGCCGCAGCAAGCUGCGGGCCGCCCUCUGCCGAACGAGGCUAGCCAUGCUGGCCGCGUAUGGCGACUACGUCCGCGAGACACGCCGCCGCUUCUGGGCCCGGCCGAGGAGCAAGGACUGGUGGGAGAACUUUGUCCUGAAGGAGUGGGACGAUGAGCAAUGGCUGAGCCAUUUCCGCAUGAGCAGGGGCACCUUUUUUGAAAUCGUGGAGGAGUUGCGGCCGCAUCUGGACAGGAGGUUGACUGUCAUGCGUAGACCUAUCCCAGUGGAGAAACGCCUAGCCAUCACCCUAUGGAGGCUGGCUACCCCUUGCGUCUACAGGACCACAGCAGAGCAGUUCGGGGUAGGCUGCUCUACGGCGGCACAAAUAGUCCUGGAGGUGUGCUUUGCCAUGGAAGUGACCCUCCUAGCUCGUACAGUCAAGAUUGGGAACGUGGCAGAGAUCAUGCAUGGUUUUGGGGAGCUGGGGUUCCCUCAUUGUGUGGGCGCGGUGGAUGGCAGCCAUAUUCCUCUCCAAUCUCCGAUACACCAAGCCUCAGAAUACAUAAACAGGAAGGAUGAGUACUCCAUGAUUCUGCAGGGGACCUGCGACCACAAGGGGCGGUUCAUCAAUGUGGAAAUAGGAUGGAGCGGCAAGAACCAUGAUGCCUAUGUCUUUGCCAACUCAGGCCUCUGUGAGACGAUGGAUGCAGGUGUCUUCGUGCCUACCCAUCCAACAAUCAGAUUGCACGGCCAGCAGAUUCCACCCCUCAUUAUUGCGGAUGGCGCGUACCCUUUGCGUGAGUGGUUGAUGAAACCCUAUGGUGGGGCACUCACUCCACAGCAAGCCCACUUCAACCGCUGUCUUAGGCGAGCACGCCUUGUGGUGGAGCAGGCGUUCGGCCGCCUCAAGGGGAGGUGGCGGAGCAUAGGCGUGCGCCUGGAGCUGGCCGAAGAAAACAUCCCUUCGGUCAUCAGUGCUUGCGUCAUCCUGCACAACAUCUGCGAAACCAAGGGGCACGCCAUGCUCGUGGAGGCGGCGGAGCACAAUUCUGUUGAGCUGGCUACUCUGGGCGAGCCCUACGUCAAUGAGGCCAAUCGCCACACCCGGGAAGGGCACAAGGUGCGGGAUGCUGUCAGAGAGUUCCUGUGGGCUAACCGCCGCUGACAGCCUGCCUCAUAAAAUUGGACUGUGCUUCUUCCCCUGUGCAGUCCUUCCAGUCCUUUACCCCAGAGUAACAGCCGUAUGCCCACUUGUGUGCAAUCAACUCUAGGCUAUGUACGCCCACAUGUAUGCAAUAAUAUAUAUGCUAUGUACGCCCACAUGUAUGCAAUAAUAUAUAUGCUAUGUACGCCCACAUGUAUGCAAUAAUAUAUAUGCUAUGUACGCCCACAUGUAUGCAAUAAUAUAUAUGCUAUGUACGCCCACAUGCAUGUUAUUUACUGUUUACUCUGUACAGCACCAUCUACAGUGAUGGUGCUAUAUAAAUUAGUAAUAAUAAUAAACUCCAGUCAAACUGCGCAA